AUGGAAGACGACGACGACGACUUUUACGGGGAUGCAUCCCCUCCCGCACAGCCUAUCCAUCAAGUGACUGUUCAGGACCUCCUUUCAAAUGACAAUUCUACUCCGAAACCUGCACCUUCGGCCGUUGCUCCUGCGCGCCAGGAUAUCAACAUGAACGAUGUAGCGAAUGGCGGAGAAACUGCACGAGCUGGCGGAGAAGAAGGAGAGGAGGAUGAAGAAGAAAUCGAGGAGGAAAUUGAGGUUGAGGAUGAUGACGAUGAUGUUGAAUUCAUAUUGGAACUUAAGGCUGGGCAAGCCGUCGCGCCACCUCCUCAGGGUGCUACUCGUUACGGAGCUCGACAAGCCACUACUUCUGCUGCACCUCAGCGACAGGUGUCGCACCAGGAUCUUAAGGAACGCGCCGCCGCUCCACAAGCCGUCUCCCCAGCUCCUCGUACGGCAGCACUCGUCUCCACUAAGACACCUGCCCCUCGAGGACCGACUCCACCACCUAUAGCAACGUCGACUCUAGAUAUCAGUGCUAUACCCAUUCAUCCAUCUACCGGUGAAAAGCUGACUUCCCUUAACAUUGAUGAUCUCCCAUCCAAACCCUGGAGGAACCCGGGAUCUGACGUCUCCGAUUACUUCAACUACGGAUUCGACGAGUUCACAUGGACAGCCUAUUGCCAGAAACAGGAAAACACGAGGAAGGAUUUUGACCCAAAGAAAAUGAUGGAGGACAUGAUGAUGUUUGGGAACAUGCUUGACCCUUCGCAAUUAAUGAACAUGACAGGUGCUGCCAGUGGGGCCGGCGCUGGAAAUACCCCGAACAUGCCUAACACAGGGGCAGGUGGUUUCCCCAAUGGGAUGCCUCUACCGCCCGGUAUACCACCCGAAAUGGCCGCGGCUAUGAUGCAACAAGUUGGGAUGUCAGGGAUGCCAGGGAUGCCCCCUAUCCCUGGGAUGCCCGGAAUGCCAAAUUUUGGUAUGGACAUGAUGGGUGGAGCCGGCGGCAACAAUACUCCAAACCGACAGGACAUGCAGAUGUUCAACUCCGGCGGACAGGGCAGCGGCUUCGGGCCCCAAGGGAUGGGACAAUUCCAAGCUCAAAUGGCCAAUUCCUAUGCCGAAGAGCAGCAGCGGUUCGAGCAGCAGAAGUAUAUGCAGCAGCAACAGCAGAGAUUACAGCAGCAGCAGCAACAGCAACAACAGCAACAGCGUGGUUUCAACAAUCCCAAUGCCGCCUAUGGCAACUUCCAAGCCCAAACCAACAACAACCAGAUGGGUCGUGGCAGGGGUGGACCUGGAGCUCAAGGCGGUACCGGCAAUGUUUCCCAGCAGAGGGGGUGGUAG